CCACCUUCUCGGGGAGCGGCCGGGAGAGCCCGGGGCCGGCGGGCGCCCCGCCCCACGCGAGUAGUGCCCGGGCGCCGCCGCCGCGCCGCACUCGGGGUCCCGCGCCGCCGCCGGUCCCGUGCGCCCGCCGCCUGCCUUCGGUGCGCGCCGGGCCCGCCCGCCGCCCAGUGCUCCCCACCCCCCGGCGCCGCGACCCGCGCACCCCGAACGCCACCAUGAACUCGCUCUUCAGGAAGAGAAACAAAGGCAAAUACAGCCCCAAGGUGCAGACCCGGAGCAUCUCUAACAAGGAGCUGUCGGAGCUGAUCGAGCAGCUGCAGAAGAAUGCGGACCAGGUGGAAAAGAACAUCGUGGACACGGAGGCCAAGAUGCAGAGCGACCUGGCCCGGCUGCAGGAGGGCGGGCAGCCCGAGCACCGCGAUGUGGCCCUGCAGAAGGUGUCAGACUCUGAGAAGCUGCUGUACGUGCUGGAGGCAGACGCGGCCAUCGCCAAGCACAUGAAGCAUCCCCAGGGGGACAUGAUCACCGAGGACAUCCGGCAGCUGAAGGAGCGCGUGGCCAACCUCCGUGGGAAACACAAGCAGAUCUACGACCUGGCAGUGAAGGAGGUGAACCCGCAGGUCAACUGGGCAGCGCUGGUGGAGGAAAAGCUGGACAAGCUGAGCAGCCAGACCUUCGGCACGGACCUGCCGCUGGUGGACCAGCAAGUGGAGCAGCACAACAUCUUCCACAACGAGGUCAAGGCCAUCGGGCCCCACCUGGCCAAGGACGGGGGCAAGGAGCAGAGCAGCGAGCUCCAGGCCAAGUACCAGAAGCUGCUGGCGGCGUCGCAGGCGCGUCAGCAGCACCUGAGCUCGCUGAGGGACUACAUGCAGCGCUGCACCAACGAGCUGUACUGGCUGGACCAGCAGGCCCGCGGCCGCCUGCAGUACGACUGGAGUGACCGCAACCUCGACUACCCCAGCCGCCGGCGCCAGUAUGAGAAUUUCAUCAACCGGAACCUGGAGGCCAAAGAGGAGAGAAUCAACAAGCUGCACAGCGAGGGGGACCAGCUGCUGGCCGCCGAGCACCCCGGGAGGAACUCCAUCGAGGCUCACAUGGAGGCCGUGCAUGCAGACUGGAAGGAGUACCUGAACCUGCUCAUCUGCGAGGAGAGCCACCUGAAGUACAUGGAAGACUACCACCAGUUCCACAAAGACGUGAAGGAUGCUCAGGAGCUGCUGCGCAAGGUGGACUCAGACCUGAACCAGAAAUACAGCCCCGACUUCAAGGACCGGUACCAGAUCGAGCUGCUGCUGCGGGAGCUGGAUGACCAGGAGAAGGCUCUGGACAAGUAUGAGCACGUGGUGCGCGGCCUGCAGAAGCGAGGGCAGCAGGUGGUGCCCCUCAAGUACCGCCGGGAGACGCCGCUCAAGCCCAUCCCCGUGGAGGCGCUCUGUGACUUUGAGGGCGACCAGGGCGUGAUCUCACGGGGCUACAGCUACACCCUGCAGAGGAACAACGGGGAGAGCUGGGACCUCACAGACAGCGCGGGGAACAAGCUGACCGCCCCGGCCGUCUGUUUCAUGAUCCCCCCCACCGACCCCGAGGCCCUGGCUCUGGCCGACAGCCUGGGCAGCCAGUACCAGAGUGUGCGGCAGAAAGCAGCGGGCAGUCGGAGUGCACUCCAGCAGCGGCAUGAGGUGCUGAAGGCAGAGAACCCUGGAGAUGCCUCUGACCUCCAGGGGCGGCAGCUGCUGGCUGGCUUGGACAAGGUGGCCAGCGACCUGGACCGGCAAGAGAAGGCCAUCACGGGGAUCCUGCGGCCGCCACUGGAGCAGGGCCGGGCCGUGCAGGACAGCGCCGAGAGGGCCAAGGACCUCAAGAACAUCACCAACGAGCUGCUGCGGAUCGAGCCCGAGAAGGCGCGCAGCACGGCCGAGUGCGAGGCGUUCCUGCAGGCCCUGCCGGGCAGUGGCAGCGCACCUCUGCUGAGGACCCGGGUGGAGGACACCAACCGCAGAUAUGAGCGCCUGGUGCAGCUGCUGGACUCGGCCCAGGAGAAGGUCAGCGUUGCCAACCGCCUGGAGAAGAGCCUGCAGCAGGGCUGGGAGGUGCUGGCCACGUACGAGAACCAGCUGAUGGAGGAUGACACGGUGCCUGAGGCUGGCCGCGCUCUGGACAGCAAGAGGCAGGAGCUGGCGGCCAUGGCCUCGGAGCUGCGGGCCCAGAAGGCCCUCCUGGGGGAGGUGGAGCAGAACCUGCGAGCGGCCAAGCAGUGCUCCAGCUCGCUGGCCAGCCGCUUCCAGGAGCACUGCCCCGACCUGGAGCGCCAGGAGGCCGAGGAGCACAAGCUGGGCCAGCGCUUCGACAACCUCCGCCAGCAGGUGGAGCUCAGGGCUCAGAGCCUGCAGAGCGCCAGGGCUGCUUACGAUGACUACCGCAGCAGCUGCGACCGCCUGCUCCAGUUCUUGUCCAACAUCCCCAGCUACGAGCCCCAGGAGACAGACAGCCUCAGCCAGAUGGAGACCAAGCUCAAGAAUCAGAAGAACCUGCUAGAUGAAAUAGCAAGAAGGGAAGAAGAAGUGCAGAGAAUCUGUAGCCACUCCCAGCAGUACCAGCAAGCUGUCAAGGACUAUGAGUUAGAAGCAGAGAAGCUGAGGUCCCUCCUUGACUUGGAAAAUGGAAGGAGCAGCCAUGUGAGCAAGAAGGCCAGGCUCCAGUCCCCUGCCACCAAAGUGCGGGAAGAGGAAGCGGCGCUGGCUGCCAAGUUCACCGAGGUCAAUGCCAUCAACAGGCAGAGGCUGCAGAACCUGGAGUUUGCGCUGCAUCUCCUGAGGCAGCAGCCAGAGGUAGCAGUGACCCAUGAGACCCUGCAAGGGAGCAAGCCGGGCUCUGGAGCAGAGGAGAUGUGGAAGAUUCAGAAGGAGCUGGACGAGGAGACCGAGCGGAGGCAGCAGCUGGAGAACGAGGUCAAGAGUGCCCAGGAGGAAAUCCGGAUUCUGCAGAAUCGGAGCCCCCAGGAAGCGGUGGUGAGGAAGGAGGUGCUGAAGAAGGUGCCAGACCCCGCGCUGGAGGAGAGCUUCCAGCAGAUGCAGCGGACGCUGGCGGAGGAGCGGCACAAGAACCAGCUGCUGCAGGAGGAGCUGGAUGCGCUGCGGCUGCGGCUGCGCGCCCUGGAGCAGGAGGCCAGGGAUGGAGGGCAGGAGUACGUGGUCAAGGAGGUCCUGCGCAUCGAGCCAGACAGAGCCCAGGCUGACGAGGUCUUGAGGCUGAGGGAGGAGCUGGAGGAGCUGAGGCGGCAGAAAGGCACCCGGGAAGCAGAGGCGGUCCUCCUGCAGCAGCGCAUCGCGGCCCUGGCCGAAGAGAAGAACCGGGCUCAGGAGAAGGUCACGGAGAGGGAGGUGGUGAAACUGCAGAACGACCCCCAGCUGGAGGCAGAGUACCGGCAGCUGCAGGAGGACCAAGAGCGGGAGGGCAAGCUCAGGGAGAAGCAGGAGGAGGAGCUGAGCUUCCUCCAGGACAAGCUGAAGAGGCUGGAGAAAGAGCGGGCCAUGGCCGAGGGGAAGAUCACCGUCAAGGAGGUGCUCAAGGUGGAAAAGGAUGUGGCAACCGAGAGAGAGGUCGGCAAUCUCAAAUGCCAGUACGAGGACGAGGCCGCCAAGGCUCGUGCCAACCAGAAGGAGAAGACGGAGCUGCUGCGGAAGAUUUGGGCCUUGGAAGAGGAAAACGCCAGAGUGGUGGUGCAGGAGAAGGUGCGGGAGAUCGUCCGGCCCGACCCCAAGGCAGAGAGGGAAGUGGCCAGCCUCCGCCUGGAGCUCGUGGAGCAGGAGCGCAAGUACCGGGGGGCUGAGGAGCAGCUGAAGAGCUACCAGAGCGAGCUGGAGGCACUCAGGAGGCGGGGCCCACAGGUGGAAGUCAAAGAAGUGACCAAGGAAGUCAUUAAGUACAAGACUGACCCCGAGAUGGAGAAGGAGCUUCAGAGGCUCAGGGAGGAGAUCGUCGACAAGACCAGGCUCAUCGAAAGGUGCGAUCUAGAGAUCUACCAGCUGAAGCAAGAGAUUCAGUCCCUGAAAGACAGCAAACCCCAGGUGCAGACAAAGGAGGUGGUCCAGGAGAUCCUCCAGUUCCGGGAAGACCCCCAAACCAGAGAGGAAGUGGAGUCUCUGAGGGCCAGACUGUCGGAGGAGCAGAAGAAGCAGGUGGAUCUGGACAGGGAGCGGGCUUCCCAGGAGGAGAAAAUCAAACAGAAGGAGGAGGAGCUUUCCCAGGUGAAGGAAAAGGUGGUCCCACGGGAGGUCGUCAGGUAUGAGGAGGAGCCCGGCCUGCGGGCCGAGGUGAACGCCUUCACCGAGAGCAUCGACGUCGAGCUCCGGCAGAUCGACAACCUCCGCGGGGAGCUGCGGCGGCUGCAGCGCCGGCGAGCCGAGCUGGAGCGCCAGCUGGAGGAGCUGGAGCGCGAGCGGCAGGCGCGCAGGGAGGCUGAGCUGGAGGUGCAGCGGCUGAAGCAGCGGCUGGCCGACCUGGAGGAGGAGGAGGGGGAGGCACGGGAGAAGGUGACGCUCAAGCAGAAAGUGGUGCUGCAGCAGGACCCCCAGCAGGCCCGGGAGCACUCCCUGCUCCGACUCCAGCUGGAAGAAGAAAGGCACCGGCGGCAGGUCCUGGAGAGUGAGCUGGAGACCCUGAGGAAGAAGCUCACCAACCUGGAGAGGAUGGAGGUCAAGGAGAAGGUAGUCUUCUCCGAAAGCGUCCAGGUGGAGAGAGGCGACACCGAGCAAGAGAUUCAGAAGCUCAAGAGCAGCCUGGAGGAGGAGAGCCGGAGCAAGAGGGAACUGGAUGCGGAGGUGAGCCGGCUGGAGGCCAAGCUGUCGGAGCUGGAGUUCUCUAACUCCAAGUCGUCUAAGGAACUGGACUUCCUGAGGGAAGAAAACCACAAGCUCCAGCUGGAGCGGCAAAACCUGCAGCUCGAGACCCGAAGGCUCCAGUCAGAAAUUGAAAUGGCGGCAACAGAAACACGAGACUUGAGGAACCUGACUGCGGUGGACUCUGGGACGAACCUCGACUCCAGGCUGUGGUCCCUGGAGAGAGAACUGGACGACCUCAAGAGGCUCUCCAGAGACAAAGAUCUGGAGAUCGACGAGCUGCAGAAGCGCCUGGGCUCCGUGGCCGUCAAGAGGGAGCAGAGGGAGAACCACCUGCGGCGCUCCAUCGUGGUCAUCGACCCCGACACGGGCCGGGAGCUGUCCCCAGAGGAAGCCCACCGGGCCCGGCUCAUCGACUGGAACAUGUUCGUGAAGCUCAGGAGCCAGGAGUGCGACUGGGAGGAAAUAUCGGUGAAGGGGCCCAAUGGGGAGUCCUCUGUGAUCCACGACAGGAAGUCUGGCAAGAAGUUUUCCAUUGAAGAGGCCCUGCAGAAUGGAAGGCUGACCCCCGCUCAGUACGACCGCUACGUCAACAAGGAUAUGUCCAUCCAGGAGCUGGCCGUCUUGGUGUCUGGGCAGAAGUAGGCACAGCCCUGCCCUCCAUCUUCUUGGAAGUAGACGGCUGGCUCUCUCCUACCCAACGACCUCCUGCUGUCGUCUUCUCCCUGGCCCUGCGCUGGCUCCUAGUCUGUGCAGAGUGAGCAUGUCACCCAAGCCCUGGCCGUCAGGUUGCUCAGAGCGCAGCUCACCUACAAGCGGGACAGGCACUGGCUGAACCAUCAUUCAGCCUGGGUGAGUGACCCACUUGGUCCUCCGAUGAUUCAGGACGGCCCUGCCCUUCCUUUUUCUCCCUUUACCUACACACUCCCAUCAAUAGACUCCUUGUGUGACACCUGGAAGCAAUCCGAAAACUACUAAAGCACAAGACGACCAAGGUGGACAAGCCCGCUCCAUGGAGCACUGGCCUUUGCACACCAGACCUGCAUCCUUCACACCCCCCUGGGUUUCUGGCUGAGAGCCGACCUUCCGUCAGAGGCAUCCUAGUGAGACAGAUCCGGGCGCUACGCCAGCAAAGGUGCAAAGAAGCCAGAACAGUGUCCGUCCCUCGGUGCUAGAGUGAAGGUUAAUUGUCAGCCAGAUUGUCCCAGGACAACGCACCAGCAGAGAACGUUGGAUUCCACGGGGGGCUGUGUUGCUGUUAGCCUGUCUCAUGCCUUACAUGUCCUGCUUAUUCUCUCACUGGGGUUUAGGUAUACUACAUAGCUGACUGUUCACCAAGCCAAUUUUGGGUUCUCUGUAUCUCAUGUAUUAGCUAAGAGAAGGGGAGUAAUGAGGAACUCUAUUCACAGUGCAGAAAUAAACGCCGGUGGCUUGAUCCUAA